CUUUGACGCCACUAGCCAAGAGGAACAGGGAGGUCCCUCCGUCUGUGCUCACUGACGGCGUGUUUACCUCCUUUUUUGUUGAGAGGAGACGAUGGAGGAGGACGAGGAGCAGGCAGACCUCGACACGAAGAAGGGAAACCACUUUGGACACACCUUCAGGCUGCACAUGGUGACGUGGAACGUGGCCACGGCCGACCCCCCAGAAGACCUGGCCUCGCUUCUCCAGCUGAACUCCCCCAAGAGCCCGGACCUCUAUGUCAUCGGUCUACAGGAAGUGUACUCGGGCCCGUUGAGGUUCUUGUCGGACAUGUUGUUCGACGACCCGUGGAGUCAGGCGCUCAUCUCCACGCUGGCACCGAGGAACUACAUCAAGGUGUCCGCUGUGAGGAUGCAGGGUCUGCUGCUGCUCUUCUUCUCCAAGCUGGAGCACGUCCCCUUCAUCAGGAACAUCCAGACCACGUACACACGCACAGGCCUGUUCGGCUACUGGGGUAACAAAGGCGGCGUGUCAGUGCGCCUGGCGUUCUACGGCCACACGCUGUGCUUCCUGAACUGCCACCUGGCCGCUCACAUGGACUACGCCUCGGAGCGGGUGGACGAGUUUGAGAGCAUCAUGGACGCCCAGACCUUCAACUGCAAAAAGGCUCCCAAGAUUGUGGACCACAGGCUGGUUUUCUGGCUCGGAGACCUAAACUUCCGGAUCCAGGACCACGGCAUGCACUUCGUCCGGACCUGCAUCAACGAUCAGACCUACAACCUGCUGUGGAGCAAAGACCAGUUGAUCAUGAUGAAGAAGAAGGAGCAGAUGCUGCAGGAGUUCGAGGAAGGCCCUCUGGACUUUCAGCCUACGUAUAAGUUUGACCGAAACUCCGACACCUACGACAGCAGGUGCUACAGGACAUGGUUUGGCUUUAACGGUAAAAAGCGCAAACCGGCCUGGACGGACCGAAUCCUGUGGCGGCUUCGUUCCAAAACGCUGUCGCCAGACAAGAGAGAGGAAGAGAAGAGCAGCUCGGAUGAGAAGAAGCUCCCACAGCAGGAGGAGGAGGAGAAGGAGAAGAAGAAAGAGGAGGAGGAGGAUGAGGAGGAAGAGUACCCACUGAAGAUCAAACAGGAGCUAUACACAAGCAACAUGGAGUACAGCAUCAGCGACCACAAGCCUGUCAUCGGGAUCUUCAACCUGCAGCUGAGGAAGAUGUUCGACACUCCUCUGGUGCGUCUCCAGGCCGAAGGCGACUGGAGCGCCGACAUCGACGCCAUGGUGAUCUACAGCCCCCUGCAGCCGUUCACCUCCAGCACCUGGGACUGGAUCGGACUCUACAAGGUGGGGUUCAGCAGCGUGUUGGACUACAUCACGUACACGUGGGUGAAAGACGACGAGGUGGUGUUCAACGAGGAGAUCAUGCAGGUGUAUGUUAGUAAGGAGGAGAUCCCGGUGCGAGGCGGAGAGUGCGUGCUGUGUUACUUCAGCAGCACCAUGCAGUCCAUCAUCGGAAUCAGUGAGCCCUUCAAGGUGCACGAGUCCAAAGUGGCCCUGGAGGAAGGUUUUCUCCCCGAGAGGAUCAACGGGCUGAACAAAGCUGUGUCUGAAGAUGAGUUCUGGAAGUGACGGUACCGAGGUCCCAGAUGAGGCACGAGGCCGAGGCGGCUCCAGCAGGAACAUCGAGGGUUUUCAUUCCGGACUCCCUCCCUGCUGACUGAGCCGUUAUCAUCCUCUCUGACCUCGCAGAGGAGCGUCCUCCAUCUCCACCGCUGCUGCUGCUUUUUCAGCUCAGUUUCUAUACAAGUAUUUAAAAGAAAUGCAGCUCGAGAUUGAAUGCUUAACAGACCUUUUAUUGAGGUUUUCUUGUACUGUGUUCAUGAACUUGUGAUUUGCACUGUGAUGGAGCGAUUUGAUUGGAUGUUGAGGAGAAAAGGUGGCUGCAAGUCCUGACAGCAGGGUGUAGAGGGUUCAUGUGAUCGAGGCUGAAAGUCACUCACGAAAAGGGAAAAUAGAAAUCAAUUUUUUUUGUUCAGGUGAUUUGUUGAGUGAUCAGUUUCUGUUUGUAGCAAAACAAAGAAAUUAUUUUCUGGCUGCUUUCCCCCGACCUUCCCUUCAGUCUGACCCAAACUGGGUAUUAUGUCAAAGAAAAGUAAACUUAAAGAAAGUUUGAGACGUCAUUUCUCUAUAAGUGAUCAUGAGGAUGAAGAUUCAGUUUAUAGAGUCUUUCAUGAUGUGUCGUCUCUGAAAGUCCCUUCAUUCUUUGAGCUGAAGUCCACAGGCCUCAUGCAGGAAACUGCAUACAAAUAUUUGUUUAUUUAUUCCAUGUUUAUGCCUUCAACUUCAUGAUUAUUAACAAUUUUUUGGUCAGUUUUUUCUUUUGUCUGUUAAUCAUAGAAACCACAGCUUUUUUUUUAUUUAAAAAAAAGCAUAUCAAUGGAUUAAAGAAUUGAAUUAAUCCACAGAUUCUGUCACACUUUAAAAAAAAGUGCUGUACAUGUCAAGCAAGUGUCAAACUUUUGAGCUUGUUAAAAAAAGAUGUAAGCAAACACUCAGAUUGAAAUGAUAAAUAAACAAUCUGCAAGGGGAAAAAAAAUCAAAAUUGCAGCAAUGAAUUAUCAAAGUAAGGUUAAAAUCCGAAGUUAUUGAAGUUUGUGGGACCACACUGCUGGUGAUGACACCAGAAGAUAAUUUAUAAAUUAAUCCAAUAAAUAAUCCUCACUGCAGGCAGGAGCUGCUGCUCCUCUGUGAGAUCUAGCUCCAAUAAUCUGAAUAGUUUACACAGAUUAGCCUCAAAAUGCAGAUUUUUCACAUUUUAGUAUGCAAACAAUUUCCAACAUGUUAGAAAAAAACUUAGAAAAUGACGAUAAUUUCCUUUACAGAGAUUAUAAAUAGACUUUGGGAUUUUUUUUUUCUUUCCCCCACUAAGGUUUUUUUUUUUUUUUUUUAAAUUAAACUGGAGGGGUGUGUUUGAUAUAAAAGAUGUUUUGGAUCUGAUUUAUUAUCCCUCCUUAGGCUUCACUGUAGAGGCUGAAACUUUCUCCUUUCACAUCAGGUUUUUUUGUUUUGCUUGUUUGCUGCAUGAGGCCUCAUAGUUUCAAUCUGUUUCCCGUCAUGGAAAUAGUUCCUCUCUUAACUUUUUUUUUUUUCAACUCUUGAACAUGUUUCAGUAUUGAUCGGAGGAUCUGUCGUUUAGGGAAUGAUGAUAAUCUGAGUACUGUCCUGUAAGAGCUGCUGUUCACGCUGGAGCUGAAGUGUCUUCAACCCUCACAGCCUCUUUAACUGAGUGUUACUGCUUUUAAAAGUUACUAUCUGUGGUGUUUCACUGAACUAUUUAACUUUUUUUUUUCUUUCUCGUGUGGAGCAGACGGCCUGUCGCUCAUUUUCUGCUCCCCGUUUCUUUGAUCUACUGAAAGCUUUCAGAUAAAAACAAAGAAUCAUUCCUUCUUAAUGCUGUUUGCAGGAGGCAGAGAGUGGAGAACUUUAUUGCACUGUUGAAUGGAAAUGUGUAAAGUUUUGUUUUCAUUGAUUCUCGUCACUGAGCACUUAAUUAGCUGCAAGUGUACCAUCAUCUGCAAUCCAAUGCAAUCCAAUCUGUUGUUCCCCUGACCUAAAAGUUCACAAUACAGGGAAAGGAAAAAAAAAAAAAAGGUCCACAACAGUAUCAAUUCAGAAGUCUCCAGUGGAAAUGAAAGAUCAUAUUAUUGACUGGGAGUCUGCAGGC